CUGAGCUAUGCGGUCGAGCAUAACCGCCGUCGGUCUUGCUGAGAGACCGAAGUACAGGGCGUAGGGCGUGAUAUGACUCUGUUGUGAAGAAUUACUGUAAGCCGCCGAGCUGCUCCAAUGCCGAUGUCGCUAACGGUCAUGCAUUGCCUGUUUGCUCAUCUGUCAUUUUGGAACGCGUCUUCGGAUCGGCCAUGUUGAAGAGCAUCUUGAGGAGCACGCACGCGUGGAGAACAACACCUUCGCAAUUGCGACCAACACAAGUGACAAGAACGACGGGAACUUCGUGCCUAAGGCAUUCACAUCCUCACGCAGCAUGUCGUCUUCGGGCCCGAGAAUACUCCUCCACGGCACAGGAGGAGUGGGAGCAGUCUACGCCUAUCAACUACUCAAAGGAGGUGCCGACGUAACGGCAAUCUGCCGAUCCAACUACGAAGCAGUCAAAGACAAUGGAAUUCUCAUCGACUCAGACAUCUAUGGCAAAGGCCUACACAUCAAUCCAAAAGUCGCUCGAACUCCUCAAGAAGCUGCCGAAAAUGGACCUUAUGAUUAUCUGCUUGUAGCAACCAAAGCCUUCCCGGAGUCCAAGACUUCCGAGACGAUAGCGCCUGCUGUCACACCAGGCAAGACUACGAUCGCUUUGCUUCAGAAUGGCGUUGGUAUCGAGCAGGAGUACGCGGAACGAUUCCCAGAGAACACACUUCUCAGCUGUGUGAUCUAUCAGCCAACAACACAAAUCUCACCAGGCCAUGUUCGUCACGGCAACUUUGAGAGCUUCGCAACUGGACCUUUUCCAGCAUCCGCUCACGAGAAUCCAUCUGUCAAGGCUUCGGGCGAAAAGCUGGUCGAGAUCCUCAACGCCGGUGGAGGCAACGCAACCUAUCACUCAGAUAUCCAAGAACUCCGCUGGUCCAAACUUCUGCUCAACGUACCAUUCAACUCCAUCACCGCUCUAACAUUAGCACGUGAUCUGCCUUUCCUGGCUUCAUCAGAACUCGCAGAACCAGUCGUGAAGGGCGUGCUCGAUGAAGUCGUGGCCAUAUCCCAAGCACUGGGGUACAAGAACAUUACGAAGGAGGGUGCCUAUGAAGGACUUGCCAAGAUCAUGGCUCGGAAAGGGACGCUGGGGAUUGAGUAUAGCAUGUUGACGGAUGUUCUUCAUGCGAGGAAGAUGGAACAUGAGGUGAUUUUGGGGAAUCCAGUGAGAACUGCGCAGAAGUUGGGUGUGCAGGUGCCGAGGAUGGAGAUGCUUUAUGCUUUGGUGAAAGCGUUGGAUUUGGCGCAGCAGAAGAGGAAGCCGGGGCAGAGUUUGGAUUGUGAGGACUUGGGCACUGCGGGUGCGAGUUAGCGUGUGGUAUCCAGUACGUUUCAUUGCUGCAUAUCUGGCGUUGUCGCAUAGCGUCAAGGGUGGUCAAGGUACAGACGUAUGCUUAGAUGUAGACUAUAGAAACUGCACAUUAGCAUUACAUUAUGCUGCAAUCCGUCGCCUGCUUCGAAACGCUGUCCCGUCUUGAUUCUCUGUCGUAAUAACGAAUGAUGGAGGGUAUCUUGAACUCUGAACAAAGCACGCUCGCUAUGCCAAACACAAACCCAGAUGACCAAAGCAGACCGCUCGCUUCAAAAUGCAACAAAAGUGUCCCAAUCAUCAACAACAUCUUCCACUGCUUCCUGCAAGUCCCAGGACUCCUCGUCCUUUCCUUCGUCGUCUCGUGCUGCCACCAUAUCCAUCACUCGUUAGUCCGCCAGACUUUAUACUGCUCGAUCCGUCAUCAAAUCUGUAAUAGUCCGCAUCUCCGUACUGUAUUCCACUCAUAGGGUCAUCAGGAUCAAUUUCUCCCAGCUCAAUCUUCGUCAAGAUAAUUCGUGCGAGCUUGUUGAACGCUUCUUCCACGCCGUCUCCAGACAACGCACUCACUUCCAUCGCAGCCGGAAUUCUGUUCUGGCUGGCCCAGUUCCCAGCGAUGCUUGCGUUCACUCCUCGGUCGUUCUCGCUUGCUAUAGUCGCUCUUUGUUGACUUCCCAACGUGAUCGGCAAGCUUCCUGGUCCAAUCGUUCCUGUCCGACUGCUCAAGCUCCCGAAAGCAUCGCCGUCCAGCAGACUUUCCUGCUGCACUUCUCUCGCCAGAUCCGGGUCCUCUUUCAAAUCCUUCUUAUUUCCAACCAGCACAACACUCAGAUGCGGACUACCCAGCGUCCUCGCAUCUCGCAGAAAUUCUCCCAGCCCACGAAACGACUCCGGAUUGUUCACAUCAUACACCAGAAUCGCACCUGCAGCGCCGCGAUAGUACGAUCUGCUCACGCUUCGAAAGCGCUCCGUGCCCGCUGUAUCCCAAAGCUGUAACUUUAUCCUUUUCCUUCGAGGCGCAACUGUAUCUCGACCUCGAUAUGUCCCGUUCGCAGCACCCGACUCGCCGAUUUUGACAAUCUUGCUCGCGAAUUCUACACCGAUUGUUUGGGAGGAUAGAACGCGCCAUUCGGAUUUUACGAAGCGGUGGAGGAGACAGGAUUUCCCUGCGUUUGAGGGGCCGAGGAGAAUGAUUUUGGCGAGGUAGUCGUACAUGGAACCCAGUUCUUGGGGUCCAUGGCUGCUGGGUGGGAGAUCGGUGGCGGUGUUUGUUGAUGAGGCUGUGCCUCUUCGCUGGCGAGGCAUGAUCGGAUAUCGUCGAGGCUGUGCUAUCGGGAGGACAUGGCGGACUGGUGCCGCUGCGUGAGACUUGCGGAGAGUCGAGAUGCGAUGGACUG